AUUGUGGUUGACACGACGUUUGUAGCUAUUCAACCUGCCUGACAAGUGUGAUUGUGGAUAUCAGUGCUGAAGACUGAAAAGCGCUCAAACGGUUAUUGUUAGCUAGUUUUGUCACAUAAUUCUUACAUAUUUACAGAAGAAUUUUAACAUUCCUGACAAGCUAUUAGCCGUGGACGGUCCUGAUGGCGGCUGUGAGAAGUAUAAACAAAAUGUAUGGAGUAUGUUUCCAUGUUCGUCAGACGGCAGGACUGAAGGCAUCGAGGCUGCUUCAACACAGAGCCUUCAGAGUCGGUGCUGUGCUGCGGCAGCAGCCCUUUGACUCGACACUGGAAAAGCCCCAGUUCCCCGGAGCCUCAGCCGAGUUUGUGGAUCAGCUUGAGUUCAUCCAGCCCAACGUCAUCUCUGGGAUCCCAGUGUAUCGGGUGAUGGACAGACAGGGAAACAUCAUCAACCCCUCUCAAGACCCUCAGCUCUCCAAAGAGACCGUUUUGAACUUUUACCAGAAGAUGACUCUGCUGAACACCAUGGACCGCAUUCUUUAUGAGUCCCAGAGACAGGGUCGCAUCUCCUUCUACAUGACCAACUAUGGUGAGGAGGGGACACAUAUUGGUAGUGCUGCUGCUCUUGACCCAACCGACAUAGUCUUCGGUCAAUACAGAGAAGCUGGAGUGCUGAUGUACCGGGGUUUCCCUCUGGAUCUGUUCAUGGCUCAGUGCUACGCCAACGCCGAUGACCUGGGCAAGGGCCGGCAGAUGCCCGUGCACUACGGCAGCAAAGAUCUGAACUUUGUCACCAUCUCCUCUCCUCUGGCCACUCAGAUUCCCCAGGCGGCCGGAGCUGCAUAUGCCCUCAAAAGAGAAAACAUGAACCGGGCUGUGAUCUGUUAUUUCGGAGAGGGCGCGGCCAGCGAAGGGGACGCACAUGCCGGCUUCAACUUCUCUGCGACGCUCGAGUGCCCGCUGAUAUUCUUCUGUCGUAACAACGGCUACGCCAUCUCCACCCCCACCAACGAGCAGUACAGGGGAGAUGGCAUUGCUGCUCGUGGUCCGGGGUACGGCAUGCUGUCCAUCCGUGUCGACGGGAACGACGUGUUUGCCGUGUACAACGCUACGAAGGAGGCGCGCCGCAGAGCCGUGGCGGAGAACCAGCCCUUCCUCAUCGAGGCGAUGACCUACAGAAUCGGGCACCACAGCACCAGUGACGACAGCUCGGCGUACCGCUCGGUGGACGAGGUGAACUACUGGGACAAGCAGGACCAUCCCAUCUCCCGGCUGAGACACUACAUGACGGCCCGCGGCUGGUGGAGUGAGGACGACGAGAGGAGCUGGCGGAAGCAGUCGCGCAAGACGGUGAUGGAGGCAUUCGAGAGGGCCGAGAAACGCCUGAAGCCCAACGUAGAGCUGAUGUUCACCGACGUGUACCAGGAGAUGACGCCCGGUCUGAACAAGCAGAGAGAAUCCAUGUGGAGGCACGUGCAGCAAUACAAAGAGCACUACCCACUCGACCUGUACGAUAAAUAACUGCAUCCACAGGGUGGAACCACUUGCAAUUUGCUGACUAAAUGUGGGAGUGGGUGACAAUUGAGACUAACAAACUGUUGCACACCUUUUACUGUAUUCAUACAAAUAUAGUUUUGAUAUGACGUGUGUCAUUUCUUUCUGCACAACUUAGGAAGAACGAAAAAUAUUGUCCUUCAUGCCUCUGGGUUUGGUGCCUUAAGUUAAUAGAUUUGCUGUCCAUAGUAGAGCUCUUUAAUGAUUAUUAAAUCACACUCUCGUUCCCAAAGUUACCACUGUUCUUUUUGCAGAGCAGCAAAAAAAACAGCUGGUGCAGUUUGAAACUGACAAAUCGAGCAAUAAUCGUUAGAAUUGUACCCAUGUUGUUAAUGUUCCCUUUCCUGUAACUGUCCUCUCCAGUGAUCCUGGUAUUUAAAACAUUUCCUUGUGUAUCAUUAAGGUGACUGACAAACUUGUUGUUUAAAAAAAAAAAAAAGAAAAAAACUAUUUGAAUGGUUUUUAGUAUACACACCCAGAUUUUAGAUGGGUUUGUAUGCUGUAAUGCUGUUACACACUAUUCUAAAUCCCAGAACUGUACAAUCAUGUUUGGUGUUUUGUGAAAAAAUAAACUAUGAAACUUU